GGCACCAGUCUCGAUCCAACAGCACGCCGCGCCGCUCGCCCUCAUCCCCGCAGGGAAAGCAUGAUACUACUUUACAACUGAAUCACGAGUGUCAACUUUACUGUCACACAAACUUUACACUUGUUACAUGAAAGUUGAAGGGAAGAAAACAGUGAACAAGAUGCCGGAAGGAAUAGAGCCCGUGUCCAGAGUCAUCUACCGCGAAGUCACGCCGGAGCUGUCCCAGCACAUGUUGACGGACGUGGACAAGCUGCCGGCGGUGCAGCUCGGUGAUUUCCUGCUGCAGAUAGAGCUGGACGAACCGACCGACACCUUCCGGGAGAUCGCGCGCAAAGAGCUGCGGGAGACGCCAGAAGUCACCGGACCCGCCAUUGCCGAGCUCAAGAGACUGCUAGAAGCGGACAAAGACUUACACGUUCCACUGGAAAGUGAUGCCUGGCUGGUCAGAUUCUUGCGACCGUGCAAGUUCUACCCUGAAAGCGCAUAUGAGCUGAUCAAACGUUACUACCAUUUCAAGUUGAAGCACGCGAAGCACUACGAUGGUCUGAUGCCCAGCAAAGAGCAGAACAUCUUUUACCAGGACAUCCUGACGGUGCUGCCCACACGCGACCAGCUGGGCCGGCGUAUUCUUGUCGUCGAGUUGGGCAAACGCUGGAAGCCAAGUAAAUGCACACUGGACGAGGCUUUCAAAGGCUGUGUUCUGUUCCUCGAAGCGGCAAUGAUGGAGCCAGUGUCACAAAUCUGCGGCGCGCAGGUCAUCAUGGAUAUGGAGGGGCUGUCCAUGCAGCAGGUCUGGCAGUUCACACCGCAGUUUGCUAAGCGGCUGCUAGACUGGCUUCAGGAAAGUAUACCAGUGCGAAUCAAAGGCGUGUUCAUAGUGAACCAGCCGUACAUCUUCAACAUGGUGUACCAACUGUUCAAGCCGUUCCUCAAGGAGAAGCUUCGGUCGCGGCUAUUGUUCGUAGGCAAGGACUGGGAGUUGCUACACAAAUACGUGAGCCCCAAGUGCCUGCCGGAGGCGUACGGCGGCACACUCAGCACCCCCAAGAUCACCGGCCCGCAGUGGCUGGAGCUGCUCUUGAUGUGUGAUAAGGAAUUUAGUGCUAUCGCGUCGUACGGGUAUGUGAAUAAGUAAUUGGUGUAUGCCUGGCAGCGCGCACACGUGUAGUGAUUAUUGGUGAAAACUAUAAAACCAAUCAGACACUUAUUCGGUUAUAAUGUAAGCUAUGAAACGUUAGUAUGGCCCCAUUUCCUAGGCCAUAUUGUGUGAUGAUCAACGCGUUGUAAAAAUAAAAUUAUAUAGUAAAUAAAUAUUGUAAAUUAAUCAAGACAUCACAGAUGUCCGUGAGUACGUAGGAGGGGUUGUUUGUUCCGAAUUAUAUUUAAUAGUUGAAUGAAGUGCUUGAAUAAGUACAAAAAUAAUUAUCUAGAAGUUGCCUUAAUUAGAUACGAUGCAGUAAAUUUUAUCCGCACUUAAAUAUUUGAUUUAUGUACGAAAUUGCCGGGUUUUUGUAACAUAUUCCUAUUUUCUUAUCAUCAUUUUAGCUUUUGAAUAUAAAUUUCGUCAACUACUUAAAUAUAUUUGUUCAUUCUUGAUAGACUUUUAGAAAAAAAUAUUUUUAAGUAAUAAUUACGUGUGUAUUUUCGUAUUUAAAAAUUUAUUAUAAUUAAUUACGUCACAAUUAGUGAUGUAAAAUAUAUUUUAAAUUAAAUGGCAAUUUCGUACAUAAAGCCGUAAUACUGUCUAGAACUAAGGAUGAGGGCACCCCUCGGCCUGCCUUGCCGCUAUGCAUUCCUGAAUUAUGGUUCUCUUGACCAUGUGCCAAUAGGACUGACUAAUUUCUAGAUUUGUCUAUUCCAUUUCAAUGUCUUAUUGGUACUAAGUUUCAAACCAUAAUUGUCUAAGUUAACUACCUGUCUAUUGUUAUUCUAAGCCUACUAUUUGUGAUUUUUAUAUAAGUAUUUUUUUAUAUCACGACAUUCACAGAGGUAAUGUUAGUGUUGAUGUCUAUUUAGAGUAGAUUAUGUGGUACCUAAUGUCACUUUAUUCUACUGUAUAUACAAAAUGAUAUUAUUAUUGUGUUUUGGAUCGUCGAUAUAGAACUGUGUAUUUACUUUAUCACUCAAUUUAAACAAAUAAUAAAGCAACACUGUGAUAAGUUAAUAUUUUAUGAGCCGAUUAAGACUUAAACGUUUAAAUUGGUAACUUCAUAUAAAUCCAUGACAGAGUGUCUUCUGUAGUUGUUAUUAGUAAAAUAUUAUAUAUUUAUGGAAUGUACACAUAUUUUUAGAAUAUUUGGAAUUCGAGUUCGGAAGUGAGACCAAAUUUUUAAUAGGGAGAAAAAUUAUUAUUUUUUAUUUAGUUAUUUAAAGUAAUAAAACAAAGGUGCAUCCA